AUUGCCUAUCGGCCCGCCAUCGACUAUCGUCAUCGAUGACGACUUGCUUAUUCGUUUACAAAUGAGAAAGUGUUUUUAUUUUACUUUUUACACAUUUACCGACACAAGUUAAUGCUAAACGACCAGAACAAUGAGCAGCUCCAGCAGACAGUAAGCCAGAGGCCCGUCUGAGGCCCAACCUCUGCCGACUGACUGCCCGCCCGCCCGACGAGACCGCCUGCCUGCGUGGAUGGAUGUGUGGUUGUGGGUGCAGAAAUACAUAGGAACACCAAUAGAAACCAAAUCACCAAUCAGUUAAUUGCCGCGAUUACGCCGGAAUAGACGCAUAGAUAAGCCCACGCUAGCGAGCGCAAGCAAAGGUGAGGAGAAGCAAGAAAAAACAAAAAAAGAACAAAGAUUGGCAGAGAACGCCGGAACGAACGGCGGGGGAAAGCGGAACAAGCGGAGAAAUCAAGAUGAGUAAUAGCAACGCUGCUGCUGAUGGCAAUAACGGUAACCGACGCACCGUGGACUGGCAACGCUUCGGCCUUGGCGGCGAUGACGACGAUGGCGAGGUAGCGGUGGCCAGUUUCCGCCAGAGGACCAACAACAAUACCGGCGGCUUUGUGGACUUGGGCAAUGAGUAUACAUAUGCGGCCGGUGGUCAUCAUGCAUCCGGAGCGAAUGAGAUCUUUGCAGGCGAGCAGGGCGAUAAGCCAUGGUGGCGUUCGAACUUCUUCAUCUCGCAACCGGUGCUCUUUGGAACCUGGGACGGUGUCUUCACCUCAUGUCUGAUCAACGUGUUCGGUGUUAUUGUGUUCCUUCGCUCCGGCUGGAUUGUUGCCCAGGCGGGCAUCCUCAAUGCCGUGCUGAUUAUCUUCUGCACGGUGGUGAUUGCUUUGGUCAGUGUUCUGUCGGCCAUUGGAAUCUGCGAGCGGUGUCGCGUGGAGAGCGGCGGUGUGUACUUCCUUAUAGCCCACACUCUGGGCUCCCGAUUCGGCGGUGCCCUGGGACUGCUCUAUUGCUUUGGCCAGGCGGUCGGCUGUGCCCUAAAUGUGAUGGGUUUCGGUGAGUCCAUGGCUGGGUUGGUGGGCCUCGAGGGCAACAAGUGGGCCAUCAGGGGCUUUGCCACAGCGGCUGUCCUACUCCUGGGUUGCAUUAAUGUGGCCGGCGUCAAAUGGGUGAUCAAGCUGCAGUUUAUAUUGCUGAUGAUCCUGCUAAUAUCGGCGCUGGACUUUAUGGUGGGCAGCUUUAUCACCGAGGACAGUGAUCACGGCGUGGAUGGCUGGGUAACCGGAAACUUUGUGGAGAAUCUGUGGCCAAAAUAUGAAGAUGGGUAUUCGUGGUUCCGUGUCUUUGGUGUCUUCUUUCCCACCGUCACUGGUGUGCUGUCGGGCAUCAAUAUGAGCGGAGAUUUGCGUGCUCCAUCCACGGACAUACCCAAUGGCACUCUGGCUGCAUUUGGCACCUCGACAUUCCUUUACCUGGUGUUUGUCCUCUUCUUGGGUGCCACCUGCCAGCGACCAAUACUGUAUACAGACUUCAUGAUCUCCGUCAAAGUGUCGGCCGUGCAUUUCCUGCUGCUGGCUGGCAUCUAUGUAUCCAGCAUGUCGUCGUGCCUGGGCGCCAUGUAUGGCACUCCGCGCGUCCUCCAGAGCAUAGCCAAGGAGAGCGUUAUUCCUGGAAUCGAUGUCCUUGGCAAGGGGCGCGGUCCCAACAAAGUGCCUUUGUAUGCCAUGGCCAUUGUGGCCUUGGUCACCGUCACCUUCAUCAUUGUGGGCGACAUCAACUUCCUGGCUCCGAUUGUGACGAUGCCUUUCCUGCUGACUUAUGCCUGCAUCGAUUAUGCCUACUUUGCGUUGGCCCAGACCUUUGACAUUCAGGAGCAGCGCGAAGAGCGUUUCCGCAUCCAAGCCUCGAGCCCAAGCUAUGAGACGCGUCGCUAUGGCAGUGUCUCCGAUGGAGGCAAUGAUCUGGAUCUGCUCUUCCCUGAUCGCGUGCGUCACAAGAAUCUGCAGAGUCCGCAGAAUUCGCCCAUGCAUCAGACGGUGCCGCUGGACUUUAACAGGGCCGAAGGACCGAGUACCUCAAGUCAGGCGGAGCCCAGGCUUCAGGGUAGCGAUGAUGCCACCACAUUGGCCGUGGAGCAGCAGGAGCAGGAGCAGGGCAAUGGCGAAAAUGAACCGGAACCCAUUGCGCCCAUACGUCCACCAAUUCAUUCCAAGACGAAAAACUGGUAUUCGGGCUACUGCAAUCGCUGGGCCUCGCUUCUGGGGGCCUUCACCAAGCUGCUGGUUAUGCUGCUGGUCAACUGGUACUAUGCCCUCACCUGCUUCGUGGUUGUGUUCGUCGUCUGGUUCUAUGUGGGCACCGCCAAUCCGGCUGUGAAGCCCGGCCUUACAGCCGAGUUUAACUUCUUUGCCUGGCUAAAGAGCAUUGUCUUUAGGUGCUUUGGCAAGCGCAUGCACGAGUACGAACAGAUUGUGGUGACGCCGUCAUGCCCGGGCGUGGAUCUAUCGCCCACGCAGCUAAACGAACAGAAUGAGGACUUCCGGCCGCGUCCCAACUAUCAUCACUCGUCGGUCAUCGAGGGACGACUCAUUGAUGAUAUCUAAGGGAUUCCAAGGAUCCACUGCAGCUGCGAUUGCGACUGCGCCUGCAAUAUGAAACGAGAGGACACACAGCUUGGACUAAACAAAAGGAAGUAAAACUAGAACUAUAUAUAUAUGCUAGACAGGAAUAUUCGAUAUUGUAUGUUUUGUAUAUCUAUAUCUAUAAGGAUCCGAAAAGCUAAAGGAUAUGGCGACAACAGCUGCGGUCCUAUGACUCAUUUUCAUGCGUUGGAUUUUCAAUUAAUUGAUUUUUAAAUGGCAAGAGAGAUUGUUGAAAAGAUAACCCAAAUUUUUGAUUUGAUUAGAGAGUGAUAAAUAAGAAAAAGAUAAAGUUAAA